ACCACUUUUGAUGACCCUGUGUCAACACAUUUUCAGCCAAAUGUAAGACUUAGAGCCCGGACAUAUGACAUGCAGGAAAGCAAUGUUCAUUUGAAACUAACCAUUGUAAACACGGUGGGAUUUGGGGACCAGAUAAACAAAGAAGAGAGCUAUCAGCCAAUAGUGGAUUAUAUUGAUGCACARUUUGAAGCCUAUCUCCAGGAAGAGCUGAAAAUUAAGCGUUCCUUACACAGCUACCAUGACACCCGCAUCCAUGUCUGCCUCUAUUUCAUUUCACCUACAGGCCAUUCCCUUAAAACUCUGGAUUUGUUAACCAUGAAAAGCCUUGACAGCAAGGUGAACAUUAUACCCAUCAUAGGCAAAGCAGACAGCAUUUCUAAAACGGAGCUGCAGAGGUUCAAGGUCAAACUCAUGAGUGAACUGGUUACUAAUGGUGUCCAGAUCUACCAGUUUCCAACMGACGAUGAAACCGUUUCUAAAAUCAAUGCCAUCAUGAAUGGACAUUUACCAUUUGCUGUAGUAGGGAGUACAGAAGAGGUGAAGGUUGGAAACAAAAUGGUGAAAGCUCGUCAGUACCCUUGGGGCAUCGUGCAAGUGGAAAAUGAGAACCACUGUGACUUUGUCAAGCUUCGUGAGAUGCUGAUUUGCACCAACAUGGAAGACUUAAGGGAGCAGACCCACGCACGGCACUAUGAGCUGUACAGGCGCUGCAGGCUGGAGGAGAUGGGCUUCAGGGACACCAGCCCCGAGAGCAAACCAGUCAGGCAUCCAUGUCCUAAAUCUCACACAGAUAGGAAAACCGUUUGUCACAGCUAUGCUUCUCUAGAAAGCCUACAGGAGGCCUAUGAGGCGAAGAGGCACGAGUUCUACGUGGAGAUGCAGAGGAAGGAGGAGGAGAUGAGACAAGUGUUUGUGCAGAGAGUGAAGGAAAAAGAAACAAUAUUGAAAGAAGCAGAGCAAGAAAUACAAGCUAGAUUUGAACAACUUAGGCGACUGCACCAAGAAGAGAGACUGAAACUAGAGAGAAACAGAAGAUCUCUGGAAGAUGAAAUGGCUUCGUUUAUUAAGAAGAAAGCUGCUGCUGAAUUACUGCAAACACAAACGUUGCUCUCUACACCGAUGAGUUUGAAGAAAGACAAAGACCGCAAGAACUUUAUGUAAUACUGAUGACAGAAGAAACAAAUGUUGAUAAUUUCUCUAAGGAUGAUAAGAUUCAGCGGGCUUGUGAAGGGAAAGGAAGUACUGUUUUUUACUGAAAGAAUUUGGAAAAUGUCUGUUAUAUCUGCAGGCUGCAGGAGAAGAAAUUUUAAGUACRUGUGCAUGUGGUGCUGUGAUUACUGUCCCAUUAAUGCAUCUUCAUGGACUUUCUAUUAUAUAACUGUUAGGCACUUGCUUUACAUGUAUGUGGCCAAAUUAUAUUCCUUUUUUAUGCAUUUUACCAAAGAAAAUGUCCGUGCCAUAAACUGUUUCACUCAUAAUAUGAAUUCUAUAGUAAGAAGUAUCCAGUGAAUAUAUAUCUAAUAUAACUUUUCUAAAGAGUUAUUUUUAUAUGACACGGUAUGUUAAUCUACUAAAUAGUAUUUAAUGUAAUUCAACCACUUACUGAUUUUGCUGACAAGGAUUUAUUUGUAACCUUAUAAACAAGCACUGUCCUAAUUUUUGGAUAUAAUCUUCCUAAUGAAAACUGAUCAGAUAUUUUUGCAGUGAUGCUGUAUUACAUGAUAGUUUAUCUGACAUUGCUAGUUCAGUUUGGAAAAUAUCUACAACUUACUGCUUGUGACUUUGUGGUCACAUCAAGAGGCUAAGUUUUACAAAAAGCAUUAUCUUCAAGAGAUUCAGGUUAAAGCAAAUUUAAAAUAGUUCCUGUAUUUUUAAUAGUUAAAAUAGUUAAGUAAAAGUAAAGUAAGUAAAAACAUUCUAUAAAAGGUGUAGUUCUCUGAAUUUG